UACAUCAUUGAGUAUUAUUUUUUAUAAUUUCAUGCAAGAGAAACAAAAAAUUGGACCAUCGGGUGGCUCCCCGAGUACAUGGAAAUUGUACGAAGCGGUACACCAAGCGGUAGGCGGCUACAAGAGCUUUUGUUCCGCCGAGCUUGUGGAGGACAGCAUCGAGGGUGAUAUGGAGGCGAUUUACCUGGAGGAAGAAAUAGAAGGGGAGUCGCCGCUCCCGAGCCCUGACGUUGGCCCUUCUACAUCGGGUAGCUCGACUCGGUCAUCGUCAAAUGAUGCUGGUAAGAAGAAAAAAACGGCUGUGAUGGUAAUGGAGGAGAUGCGGGACGAUUUUUUAAAGGCGACUGAGGCGAUGAAGGAAGCCGAUGAAAAGCGUCUGGACAUGUUACAAAUGUAUGUGAACGAUGUCAGACAAAUGAAGGACGCUUCCAUCGACUUCCUUCGUCGCAAAAACUAG